UUUCUCACACCUCCUCAAUCGAAACUUUUUCUCUCUUCUCUCUCUUCUCCUCCCAUGAAAAGCGUCGGAAAAUGGGGAAAUACAUAAGGAAGAGCAAAAUCGAUGGAGAAGCCUUAGCUUUAAUGGAUGUUUCUCCUUCUUCGCUUGGUGUUCUUACUCGAGCUAAGUCCUUAGCUCUUCAACGCCGCCUUCAAAAACCCUCUUCUUCCUCCUCGCUACCGACUUCUCCUUCUCCUAAUCCGCCGUCUAAACAGAAGCAGAAGCAGAAGACGACGGACUGUGGUGGCUCAUAUCUUCAGCUCCGGAGUCGUCGGCUCCAGAAGAAGCCUCCAAUUGUCCUGAUUCGUUCGACCAAACGGAGAAAGCAGCAGCGGAGGAAAGAGACAUGCGGCCGUAACCCUAACCCUAAUCCCCAAAAAUUGGAUUCUCUCGUUGGUUCGAUUCGUGGGUCUAGGUCGGAUUCGGUUGCUGAGAGUGCUGUGUGUGGUAAAGAGAAGGGAUUGAUUUGUGAAAUCAACAAGGAUCCGUGUAUUGAAACUUCAUUUGGGGAAAAUUUCUUGGAGCUUGAAGGCAGUGAAAGGACCACAAGAGAAUCCACACCAUGCAGUUUGAUAAGAAAGCCGGAAACCAUCACAACCCCGGGAUCGUCUACAAAGCUUAACAAUGGUAUAAGUGACAACAGCGACCAAAGAGAAGAGAGUUUGUCGGGCAGCCAUCGUCACCUACCAACUACACCUGAAAUGGACGAGUUUUUUUCGGGUGCUGAAGAAGAACAACAAAAGCAAUUCAUUGAGAAGUACAACUUUGAUCCUGUGAAUGAACAGCCACUACCAGGGCGGUUUGAAUGGAAGAAGGUAGAUGAUUAGAAACAACAAAAAGGGGGGGUUAAUAGUUAAUACAGACUAUAUUAACGUUUUCCUGCUAAUUAUCGGUUUGAUCUUAUUUCCAUCAUCCGUUUCUUAACUUUCCCAACAUGUAAAGAACUUAGGAUAAAAACCCAUGUAGCGUUUUCAAAUUGGUGUCUGUAACAUAAGUGGCUGAAAAGGGUUUGUGUAACACAUAACUGAUACCAAUCCUUUUUAUGUCUAAACAGAUCACCUUAGUAGUAUUACUAAACCAUAAGAGAAGGUUUUUAGAAGUAACCCAAAGUCUGUUAGGGUUUAGCGUGUAGGGUUUAGAGUUCUUUCCGUUAAUGGUUAGUGAAGUCUUUUUAUAAUUCUGGUACAGGGACUCUGCAUUCUCUUAUAACUCUUUGUCCUGUAACCAUUUUAAAAUCUAUCUAUUUGUGUGUAUACAUGUACUGAAUCUCAAACUCUAUUCAAUAAAGACUUACUCCUUCUCUU